ACAUACCUCACUUUGAUGGCGAUGCGACAAGGCGAGAAAGAGUCCCUGCGGAAAUAUGUUGCUCGAUACAAUCAGAUAUGUUUAGAGGUGCCCACGGCGGGCGACGAGGUGAAGGCAGGAGGAUUGAUUAAGAGUCUGCGACUAGGACCAUGUCGAACGUCGCUGGCGAAGACGCCUGCUCGAACUUACGACGAGGUGCUUAAGAGAUGCAAAAAGUACAUUAAUUUAGAAGAAACAGAAGCGGAAUUUGCCAAGCUUGAGGAGGUUGUGAAACCCGAGCAAAGGAAGGGAAGGCUGAGCUCGCCCAGGAGGGGAUCACCUAGGAAAAAUUCCCCAAAAGGUGGAUCUUUUAAGAAGCUGUCGCCCAGAAGGGAUGGGCGAAAUUCAUUUCGAGAGGGACGAGAAGAUCGCUGGCAAGGACGACCCCGGUUACCAAACGGUCAAAGAUAUAACCAUUUCACUCCUAUCAACGCCCAGAUGGGCAAAGUCUUGGCGGCCAUUGAAGAGAAGUUGGAAAGCAAGGAGGUCACGUGGCCGGCGAUGAGGUUCGAGGAACUGACCAAACCUAGGUCGAAUAAAUAUUGCAGAUUCCAUAGGGAUUAUGGGCAUAACACGGAAGAUU